AUCACCAGUGCAAUGUACACCCUGACAUACGAUUAUAAACUUUUUGCUGCCUUAAUAAUAGUUUUUAUUAGUUUACACUGUCGCGUAAAGGAAGUAUAGGGCUUUAUUUAGUUUAAUGUUGGUUCCACUAGUACGAUGAGUGUCACGAAAAAUAAAAUAGAUCAGAAAGAGUAUCUAAAACGAUACCUUUCAAAUGAUAAGGAUAAAAAAAAGAAAAAGAAGAAAAAGGAUAAACAUACUGGCAAAGUAAAUGUUAAAAUUAUAGACGACGAUGAUUUUGCUAUUCAUCAACAGCAGCACAACGAAGACGAAUCGGACUUGUUCGCCCAAGGUGAUGAAGCUCCUCAGAUUGUGGGUAUAAUUGAUGAGCGACCUCCAGAACUGAAGGCAAAGGAGGAUUUCAACAGUAGUAAGUGGAAAAAGCUGACUGUUGAUAGUGAAGAAGGUUGGGGUCAUGCUAGAAAAACGUCUAUUUCUACUACCACCAAGAUCCAGAGAAAGAAUAAUGAAUUAGCUAGAGAAAAUGACUCUGAUGAAAGUCCAUUACGAAGAACUAAUAUUAAUUCAAAAUUAGACCAGAGUCCUCCGAGGAGGAAAUAUGUCAGAAGGGAUUCUGAUGCAAGCCCAAAGAGACGAGAAAAAGAACGACUUUCGCCAAGACGGGAAAAGCGCCAGUCACCGAGUCGACAAUAUCCAGAUUCGGAUGAAAGUCCUGCGAGACACAGAAAACAAUAUGGCUCAAAUAGCCUACACAAAUCUAGGAAAGGCUCUGAUUCUGAUCAGAGUCCUCCAAGAAAAGUAUCGAAUGAUAAAUCUCGCAGAGAUGCCUCUAAUCGUGAUUUGAACAGUAAAUAUAGGCGAGAUCACAGCCCACAAAGAAAACGAAAUUGGAGCCACAGUCAAAACUCUCGAAGUGAAACACGAAGUUCUGAUGAAAAUGUUGCUCGUAGGAGAGAAGAUUCUGAUGAAAGUCCACCGAGGCGUAGGCAGUUGUCAGAUCGCGAUAAAUCUAAACAUAAGCGUUCCCAAGAACUUCACACGAAAAUCAAACAGGAAGUUUUAGAUUCGGAUGAAAGCCCACCACGACAAAAAAACAGAACCCGGUUCGACGAUUCUGAUCCAAUCCCAUCUCGACGAAUUAAAAUUGAACGGGAAAGUCCACCGGCAGUGCGAAUAAAGCGAGAACCACGCGAUGAUGUCUCUGAAGCGGGGCCUUCUUCCCGUAAAAUGAUGACUACUUUAGAUGGAAAAGUAGCAGGAUUACAGGAUGCCAGAGCGAUGAAAGUAGAAAAUGACAAAUUCCGGCAAAGAGAGAAUGAGAUAUUCGAAAAAAUGUCUGACGAAACGUCGGGACGGUACGCAAAAACGGUUGUUCGGGAAAAACGUGGCAAGCGGCGUGAAGAUAUCGAGGAAGAGCUUCGGAAGGAUUUCGAAAAGCGCAAACGAAAUGAGAAGAAGAAAGAAAUUUAUACCAGAUGGGGUAAGGGUGUGAAACAAGUCGAAGAAUACAAAGCGCAGCUGGAGGAAGCGGCACAUGAAAUGAAUAAACCGCUUGCAAGAUAUGCUGACGACCAGGAUCUCGAUGAGCAUCUUAAAAAACAAGAACGCAUAGGCGAUCCUAUGCUGGACUACAUUCGUAGCAAGAAGAAGGAAAAGGCUCGCGAGGAAGGACGUCCUGAGAAACCGUUAUAUAAAGGAUCGUUUGCGGACAACCGAUUUGGGAUUCGUCCCGGUUACCGUUGGGAUGGAGUAGAUCGUUCCAACGGUUUCGAAAAGAAAUGGUUCGAAAUGACGAGUAAGAAGAAAGCGGUGGAAGAGGAAGCCUAUAAGUAUAGUGUUGAGGACAUGUAACGGAUGUGAGUACGUUCAAUAAACUUUAGUUUUCUAUAAUAA